CAGCAGAGUCGAAAUUCGCGCCGCGCGGAGCCCGGCUGGCUCGUUUCGCAGCGGUAGCGACUGCCGGCGAAGCAUUUUCCAUAGCUGUAUUGAUUUCCUCGGCUGCUACCCGCGCAGCACAGCCCUACACUCCGGACAGGCCAAGAGACUCUCGCAUUCAUUUGAAUACGCGCGACGCCGACGACGCGCGAGCGCAAAAAAAGAUGUUCUGCCAGUGCUACGACGUCGCCGAGCAGCGCGGCGACCCGGCCCUGCCGCCCUGGCGCACCGACGUGUUACAAGCGCGAAUCGAUAAAGCACUGGCGCGGGAGCUGAGGCGCGUCGUCGUCGUCCAAAGGGGCCCGAGGCCGGCACUACUAAUCUACCCAGAAGGCAACCGAUCCACGCCCAUUUAUCGAGCGAGCCUCGACAGCGUCGAACUGACGGGCGAGCCCCACCUACUGGUGAGGAUCCAACCACGCGACGACGACGCCGCACUACUCCUCCGCUUCGAGACCUUGGAAGCCAAAAUCAACUGGUGGCGCGCCGUGGCGCAAUUGACGACGCCGUCCCAAUACGAAACCGCCGACGAGCUCGACCAAAUUACGACAGCCAUCUCCGAGGAGGACUCGGACGGUGACAUAGAUGAGGACGCCUCGACGCUCAAGAAGACGCGCCAGGCCUUCGAGCAGGCCGUGCAGGCCUUCGUGCGGCCGCCGCGCGCGCGGUACGACAUGUCGCAGCUCGGUCCGCGAGCUUUUCCUUUUGGUGGGAAAGCGUAUAGACGGCAGGACGCCACGACAGCGAAUCAAAGAGGCGAGGUCGUGCGGUAUUCGGUGUGGCGCGGAGUGGAGGACAGGGACAGGAAGACUUUACUGUACGUACACGCGAAUGCAGGGUGUAGGUUGGAAGCGCUGUCGGUGCUCGGCCCAUGUCUACAAAUGGGGUUCCAGGUCAUCGCGUUGGACUGCGCCGGGUCUGGUUUGAGUGGUGGCGAGCACACGACGCUCGGGUGGCGGGAACGGGACGAUGUGAGAGCAGUUAUUGAUGCGGAGGACUGCGGGCAAGUGACGUUGUGGGGGCGCAGUAUGGGCGCGGCGACGGCGUUGUUGUACGCUGCUACAAGGGAUCCCAAUGUAGUAGCGUUAAUACUCGACUCGCCCUUCCAAUCGCUACGGCAGCUUGCUUUAGAUGUCGUGCAAUCCGCUCUCGGUGGCUCCGAACUCAACGGCGCCGCGCGCGUCGCGUCGAUCGGGGCGUUGCGACUGGUAAGGGGUGCUGUUCGAAGGCGCGCUGGUUUUGAUAUCUAUGAUGUCGACAUCGAGAGGCACGCGCGCGAGUGUGCGUGUCCUACAUUGGUACUGUGUGCUCUUGAUGAUGCUUUAGUACCGCCAGCACACUCGCACGCCGUGCAUGCGGCACUCCCAAAAGCUGAGCUCUGCGUGUGCCCCGGGACGCACAACUCCGUGCGGCCUAGGGGUGUGUCCCAGCGCGUCGAGAGAUUUUUACGGGAGCACGUCUUCGGCGACGUGCCAGCGUCUUCCGGUGAUGUGGAAGGGCUGUUGGAUGAGGCCGCCGUCGCCUCGCCGACAAUUGGGCGGUCGGUGGCGCCCUGGCACGCCGAGGCGCUGGCGACGCGAGCUAGAGCGACGGCUCCCCGGUUCCUGGGGUCCUUCGACGAGGAGGACCUGGUGGCCGCUCGGCGCGUCGAUACGCCGGAUGAGUGAGGCGCCUGUGUAAUGAUUGUACGUGAUAGACUCUCGGUUUUUG